AUGAUGCGAAUGUCGGUGAUUCCCGACGGCUGUGCGGAGUACGAUUCCAACAGCAGCAAACACCGAGUGGUAACUAAACAAGGCACAUUCCGAGUCAAACUGGACAGUGGAAACAAAGUAAUUAUAUCACAUUAUUUGAAAGACGCUCUUACAACUCUAGUGGAUGCAAAAUGGCGCUGGUCCUUUCUGAUCUUCGUUAUGGGGUUUCUCUUGACGUGGUUGGUGUUCGCCCUGUUGUACUAUGGAUUUAGUAUCGCUCAUAACGACCCAGAAAUCAUCAGUCUAGGCGAUGAUUCAGAUGAGACACCUUGCAUUGCUAACGUGUUUGACUUUACAAGCGCCUUUUUGUUUUCUAUAGAAACCCAACACACAAUCGGGUACGGCUUUCGGGGAGUGACGUCAGAAUGUCCUCACGUCGUACUGACCGUCUUUUUCCAGUUUAUAAUUGGGAUUGGUGUCCAUUGUUUGACGGCAGCCCUCGUGUUUACAAAACUGCAGCGAUCAAAGCGUCGCGGGGAAACGGUUGUGUUUAGUCAAAAGGCAUGUAUUGGAGUUGUCGAUGGACAAUGGCGACUCAUGAUCAGAGUCGGUGACUUCCGUCGCUCGCAACUCUUAGAGACUAAGGCAACGGGGAUCAUGGUCCGACGUAGUGCGAAUAAUGAGGGAAAGGAGUAUCUACAGCAAAAUUUCAUUGACUUUAAAUCAGAGGGCGGAAGUGACGUCUUAACUUUGCUUUGGCCUGCCGUCAUGUAUCACACUAUUGACGUCAACAGUCCACUAUGGCCACCGGAGAAAUUGGAUGAGUUUGGGGGAUUUUCUGAACUGGUUGUACUUUUUGAAGGUAUCAUUGAAUCAACCAGCAUGACUGUGCAAGUGAGAACAUCUUAUAUUCCGGAGGAGAUACACUUUGGUUACAAGUUCCAGACUAUCUGUCCCCAGGUACAGGAGAACGAUAAGUAUCAAUGUAGCUACUUCGAUUUCAACACGAUCCGUCCGAUCAAUUACCGCAAAAGGAAGCUCACAGGGUACAACCAACAGGGUCAUCGCAGACAGCCCCGACCUAUCAAAGAGUACAAUUGA